AUGGAUGUGCUGGAUGACCCAUGUUCAUCCAGAGGUGAUAACACUGUAGAGAUAGGUACCAACUGGAUCCAUGGUACUUCAAAGGAAAAUCCUGUGUUUCGUUUGGCAUGUGAUUACCAGCUCCUUGACAAGGAGUCAAUGUCUGAAGAAAACCAGGCCAUUGACGUUGGUGUCAACAGUUCCAUGAUGGAGGUGGAGAACCUCUACCGAGCGUUGGGGAGUUUGUCAAGGCAGAGGUUGAACGUCAUGAUAAACACACUGCUCAAGCUGGAGUGCUGCGUCAGUGGAACCCACACGAUGGACGAUGUAGGCCUGGGAGCCUUUGGCAUGUAUAAAACUCUCCCAGGAUUAGACUGCACUUUCCCAGGAGAUUAUGAAGGUUUAAUUGAUCACAUGAUGAAGGAACUUCCCAAGGACAUAGUCUUGUACAACAAGCCAGUGAAGUGCAUUCACUGGAACUACACCAAGAGUGAACCGAAAACUACAGGAACAAGAUUCCCCGUUAUGAUUGAAUGUGUGAAUGGAGAGACAUUUGCAGCAGACCAUGUUAUUGUCACUACCCCACUGGUUUAA